AAUGACGUAUAAUACUACCAAAUAAGAACACCCAUAGGAGAAUGACCUUGUGUAAAACGUUAUGAAUUUUUAAAUCAUUGUCUUAAUAGUCGUACGAAAUGUUACAUUAGUAACUUUGGUGUAUAAGAAUUAAGGUAAAUUCAAUAAAAUGAGGCGUUCAAGUAUACACAGAAUAAAAGAGGAGCGUCCUGAGACAUCCGCGCCUACUCCCGAUACACAAGAUCGUGAUUUAACGUAUUAUAUUCACGACAGAGUUGAAUUAAUGCACCAAGUAUUUUCGGUGCUUAAAGCUAAAGAAUUAAAAGCCAUGGCACCGUAUUGCGUUCAGCAUAUAUCUUUAAAUGAUCUACAAGAGUUAUGCACUGAGGAGCUUUUAGGCAUCAGUUCAAAGCGUCUCUGUGCUAUAUUAGACGGAGCAGAUCCUCCAAGUGACACGGAAACAUCCAGCGCAUCAUCUCUUGAGAGAUUUGAGACGAUAUCACUUGACAGCAUAUCUUCUGAUGAAGAGAUAUUGAGUCAGGGGAGUGGAAAAAAGAAAAAGCAUAAACAGUGCCGUCACAAAUCAAAGACGAAAAACAAACGUAAAUCAUCAUCAGAGGGAUCAGAUAAUGCGGAGAAGAGUAAAGCAUCUCGCGCUGGUCUUACUGUAUUAGAAUUGUUGGAGUUGCAAGCUCGAGCGAGAGCGAUACGAGCACAAUUACAGCAGGAGCAGACAGUUGAUGUGUCAGAGAACAAAGCACCAGAGACGGUACAGCAUGUGUCUGAUGAUGAAGUGGAGAUCAAGGAGGAGCCAACCGAGGUUGUGGAGAUCAGCAGUGAAGAUGAGAAGCCCAAAAUUGAAGAGUUACAGAAAGUAUUAGCACAACAAUCUAAAAACUCAACUAAAAUCACAAACGAAUCAAACAAAGACACGCAUACGAUAACAAAAAAGAUAAACGACCUAAUAAUAACAGUGCCGCAAACAAAAAAUACGAGAAAAAUUAAACUGAAUCGUACACCAGCUAAUAAAAUCGUAACAACACAAAUAAACAAACAGACAAAUGAUAAAGAAAUACAAGAAACAAACAUAAUAGAUAAAACUAACAAAGAUCUAGAAAAAACACAAAAGGUAACCAAAGAUAGACAAAAGAAAAAGACAAAAAAGAAAGGAAAGAAUAAAAACAAAGAAGGUAGCGAUCACGAUGAAAUUACCUUACAAUUAUCAGAUACGGAAAAAAUGGAUUUAUUAGAAAAUCUAGACAGGAAGAACUAUGACAGUGUAUCUAGUUCUAGUUCAGAAGAUACUGAAAGCUCUAGUAACGAAGAAGAAAUACCUAAAGAAACACAAACCACAGAAGAAACUUCAAAUAUUGAACCAUUGAAAGACGAUGAAAUAAUUGAUAAUAAUAAAAAUGCAACAAUUGAUAACCAAGAUUGUCAAAAUAAAGAAGUCGUUGAAGCAAAUAAAGAAAGAAAUAUAGAAAUUGGGACUAAACUUAACACACAGAGUGAUACACAUUCUAUGUGCGUUGAAAGCACGAAUAGUAUCCCAGUAAAUGAAGAAAUGUCUUUUGAUGACAAAAAUAAAAACGAUGAUGAUAAACUGGAAAUAAUUGAAAAUACUACAAAAAAAAUUGACGAAAAUAUACAAAAGGCAAAAAUAAAUCCUGAAAAAUCUGAAGGAGAACUAUCAGACCGCGAAAGUUCUGAAGUCGAAGCAUCCGACGUAAGACCCGAAGUUGUUUGUAUAUCAGACGAAGAGUCAAACAAUAAGAAAACCCAUAAAAAGAAAAAGAACAAAAAGAAAGGUAAGAAAUCUAAAAAGGAUAAAACUAAAGAUCAGGAUUUUGGUAAUGGCGCCGAUCAAAAUUUCUAUGCAAAAUCUGAAACAAAUACAGUUAAUAAAAUUGAUACAAUUCCAGAAAUAAUACAAGAAAAUUGCAAAGACGAUAAUGUAUAUGAAAUUCUAGAACUUUCUGAUGAAUCUUCUUGCAAUGGUGAAGAUGGUACUUCAGUAUUAUCCAAAGAACCAACAGCUGAAGAAAUAGAAGCACUUUCAGCUAAAAUAGACGAAAUUGAUAGAGAAAAUAUUGUAACCGACGAAGAAAUAAAAGAACACGAAAGGAUACAAGCUGACAAAGAAGUUGCAGAACCAGAAGAAAUAUCAUGGAAAGAUCGAUACUUGGACAGCAAAAAAGUUAAAAACGUUCUAACAACAGCAAACAUUCUAAAUGCAAUGCGAAAGAAGAAUAAAGAACUUAAAAGAAAGCUGGAAGAGUCUAAAAAGGAGGUUGAGAAGAUAGUCGAAGAAAUUCCGGAAGAGAUUGUAACAGAGAAGAAUUUAGAAGAAGGUUCUAUAGAACAAUAUAACACUCUAGAAGCUUCUACGAAAUACGUAGAUCCGGUCAAAGAAAAUGAAGAUUUGCCAAACGAUAGCAAAAUAACUAAGGAAAUGAAAAAAGAUGCGAAACAAUUACUUAAAAUGUAUAAAAAGUUGCUCAAAUACAACGACAUGACGCGACAGAAAGAUCCCAAUAAAAAGAAAAAGAAAAAACAGAAGAAGAGCAAGGAGGAUAAGAACAAGACGGAAAGUACUGAAGCGAAAAUUACUUCUUAAGAAUAAUUAAAUAAUUUUAAUAAAUUUUAUUCGAAUAUUAUGUUUAAUA